AUGGCUGCUAAAGAUGAACCACCGAAAGAGAAGGUCACGCAUCGCGAGUUACGGUUUCGUCAGUUUGCCUCUGUGGAAUACCAGGGAAACAUCUAUAUGACGCCACAGGACUUGGAAUCGGUAACUGAAGAGAGUCCAAGGCCUCGUAUCGGACGCAUCAGAUUGACAGCACAAGAUGUGGAGGGCAUGUUACGUCAGACACCCUCCAGAUCCAGAGGCUCAAACAAACUGUUCCGCAACCUACAUGAUAAAGGAAUCAUCUCCUAUACUGAGUACCUGUUCCUCUUGUGUGUGCUGACAAAACCAAGAUCUGGUUUUCGUAUCGCCUUCAACAUGUUUGACACUGAUGGUAACCAAAUAGUUGACAAGAAAGAGUUUCUGGUGUUGGAAUCUUUCUUCAUUCUUCCCCCUCAUGAGCGAAAGUUUGUACCUCGGGAAAGACAAAGACUACACACAAUGUUAGCUCUGGAGCGAGUGUUUAGCAAGCAGCCAGAUUCCGAGGAUGGCGAAGGAAAGAAGAAGGAAGUUUUGUCCAAAGUGAUUCCUGCAGUGGAGACCAGAAUCCAGGACACGUCUCUGAUGGUGCACUUCUUUGGCAAGUAUGGGAAUGACGUCCUCAAGUAUGAUGACUUUCACAGAUUUAUGGAGAACCUGCAGAGUGAGGUAAUUGAGCUGGAGUUCCUGGAGUUUUCCAAGGGCAUGAACACGAUCUCUGAGGUGGACUUUGCGCACAUCCUCCUCCGCUACACCCUGCUGGACCGCUCUGAGAUUGAUGAGUGUAUCGCCAGGGUCAAGGACAGAAUUCAGCAAGAGAAGGGCAUUACUUUCCAAGAGUUCAAGAAGUUCUGCCAGUUCUUGAACAAUCUGGAUGAUUUUUCAAUCGCCAUGAAGAUGUAUACCUAUGCCCAGCAGCCAGUUUCCCAAGACGAGUUCCAGAGAGCAGUGAGAGUUUGUACAGGCUUCACUCUGGGCAAGCAUGUUGUCAACACUGUGUUCCAGAUCUUUGAUUCUGAUGGAGAUGGCCAUCUAAGCUCCCCUGAGUUCAUUGCUAUCAUGAAAGACAGGUUACAUCGUGGCUCCAGGUCUCACCUGAUGCACACACAGGGGACAUGGGAAGCCUUUCGCCAGUGUAUCCGCAAUGAAAUGAAGAGCAACUAGCUCCCACCUCUGUCUCCACAUGCCUGCAAUGAGUGUCCACACAUCCAGUAUCUCAAAACUCACCUCAUCAUGUGAUCAGGUUUGAACAUCUGCUCCGCUGUUUUCAGUGAAUCUUUGGAAAGAUAAUGGAGGCUGUUCCAUGAAGAUGGCUGCUCUCUUAACUCAAAUCAACAAUGCCACCACAGGUCAACAUACUUCAACUGGUCAUUUGUGAAAAAAAUCUCAUGAUUCAUGUAUUUUGCCAGUUAUCUCCCUUUACCCACAUCAAAGAGUUGUCUCCCUUGACUUUCGAUGACGCCAUGGUAUCUUCGAGGGAGACUUGGACAAGAGGAGGAUACUGAGACUAGAUGAAGUUUAUCACAAUGCCAUACUUCACCUUAUUAUUAAACACAGUGGACUGUCUCCAGUUGCAUUAUUGAUAUCCACUGAUUUAAUACUGCCAAAAGUAUUUCAGUACUGGGUACAGUUUGUACUACACCAGUGAUUGUUACCUGCCAGUUUUGACACAAAGGAAUUGUUUUUCAGCUUAGGUGAAAGUGACUAAAUGACCCAAGUUACAAAUCUCAGGAUGUUAUCAAUAGAUUGGCUGCAAAAUUGCAACCAUUUCAGGGGCUUACAUGGGAAUACUUUUCUCCAAAUUAUUGGUCCCUUCUGUAACUUGCAGGAUCCCAAUUAACAGUUGUGUGCUUGACACUCAAUCACUUUUCUCAAAUAUGCUACAUCCUUAAAUCUUUUGUGAAUUAACCUUUAAAGGUAGACAAGAAUCUUAAAAUAAUCAUGCACAAAUUCACUUAGAUGAUAUGCACUAUAUGUCAUUUUUCUCAAGUCCUUCCAUUAUAUCUUGAAACAUAUCCUGAAUGUUUUUUUCUCAGAUUACUUGUUUUUGCUUUAAGAUCUGUUUGUUAUUGGAUCAUGUUAUUCCACUGGUGUGGUAAGCACUUAGGACACUGUGAUACAGGGUGCAAUCUGUGUACAUAAUGUGUGAGUGAGUCGACCAUGUGAUAAGUUAUGCAUUCUGGUUGUUGAAUGAGUUGGCUGUGUUACAAAUCAGCUUUUCGUGAUUGGAUGGUAGCAUGUAAAGAAUCAAAUUUGAAAAACAAAAAUUUGAAAAAACUGACGAAAUUUGAUCUGUGGUAAAAAAAAAAGAAAGGUCCUUACUUGACAAUUUCUAAUCAGUGAAAUCUCAAUUGACUCUUUCGGAUGCGUUAUUUUUUAGUUACAGUUCUGCCAUCCAUCAAAAUAUUUUACUUGUAUUUACGCAAGUACCAAUUUGUUCUGUGUGAUGUCCUGAGUGGGCCCGUCUCUGCCUGUUUGUAUGUCGAGUUUGAACUGUACAAGGCCUAUGACAAACUGUUAACUUAUAAAAUGUGUUCUGUUCUCCUCCUUACAGAAAAACAUCAGAAUGGCCAACUUGAAUAAAUCCUUAGUGUGUUGUAUCCUGUUAGCCCAUUGUUUCGGAGGGCUGUGUGAGUUUGUUUGGUAUUCCACUAUUGACUCCAAUGCCACCAUGACUUUUAAAAGAAAAAAGUGACAUCACCUCAUCUGUCAUGUCAUUUGCAUUGAGCUGGCAAUGAGACAGGGAGAGUAUUUAUACCCUGGGUUAUUAAAAAAUGUUUGAGUUUCUCCAGAAUGCAGGAGUGUGUGGUUUAUGUAUACAGGAAUGUAGUGUUCAUUCUGAUGUUUUCUUUCUCUGCUAAGGACACCUUAUUUUUGUACAGAAACUUUAUGAAAUAUUAAACAAUAUUAUAUCCUCA